AGAAGCUCAGAUACCAGGGAGGCUCCUACUCCAGACCCUCCCUCAGGCCCAAGGCCAGAUGCAGUGGAUGAGAAACAUCCAGACUCCCCACUGCCUGGAGCUGCAAUGCCCGGGGCCCCAUCACGGUCCCCUGGGCAGAGGCAACCUGGCCCUGUACCCUCCCCCACCGCGAGGGGGGUCUCACAGCCUGUCCCACGGCCCCGGAAACGCAGCAUGUGUGAAAUAGCAGAGAGCUCUGAGCGGGAGGUCAGCCAGAUGGUACCACUGAGGCAGGAGGGAGAGGCUCCAGGGGAGAGGCCCCGCCCUGCAGGCAGCGGGGCAGUCCUCACAGAAAAGCAGGAGGCCCGAAAACUCAAGGUGCUUCUGCAGAGGCCCGGGAGCCGGGGGGUGGCGGAGGGGCCUCGGAAGCCCAGCUCCCUAGCCCAGGAGCCCACUCUGGCCGCGGCUCGACGACAGCGGCUGGACCUGGGCAGCUGCCUGGAUGUACUGGCCUUUGCCCAGCAGCACGGGCAGCCUGGCCUGGUGCAGGAGACCUAUGCGUUGAUGAGCGACAAUCUGCUGCACGUGCUAGGAGACCCGGGCCUCUACCGGCAGCUGAGCGGGGCCGAGCGGGAGCGCAUCCUGAGCCUCCGGACGGGCCGGGGCCAGGCGGUGGUGGGGGUCCUUGUGCUGCCCAGCCUCUACCCGCUGAGCCGCUCGGGGCUCACAAGGGGCCCUUGUGGGGAGGAGGCCCCUAUGGUGGGACCCGCACCCCUGCCUCCUCGUACGCACCUGCACGUGUUCAACCCCCAAGAAAACACAUGGCGGCCCCUGACACAGGUGCCGGAGGAGGCCCCGCUGCGGGGCUGUGGACUCUGCACCAUGCACAACUACCUGUUCCUGGCGGGGGGCAUCCGCGGCUCCGGUGCCAAGGCUGUCUGCUCCAACGAGGUCUUCUGCUACAACCCACUGACCAACAUCUGGAGCCAGGUGCGGCCCAUGCAGCAGGCCCGUGCCCAGCUCAAGCUGGUGGCCCUGGAUGGGCUUCUUUACGCCAUCGGUGGAGAGUGCCUGUACAGCAUGGAGCGCUAUGACCCGCGCACGGAUGCCUGGACCUCGCGCGCGCCCCUCCCUGCGGGCACCUUCCCUGUGGCACACGAGGCUGUGGCCUGCCGUGGGGACAUCUAUGUCACUGGGGGCCACCUCUCCUACCGCUUGCUCAGGUACAGCCCUGCGAAGGAUGCGUGGGAUGAGUGCCCCUACAGUGCCAGCCACCGGCGUCCCAGCGACAUGGUGGCAUUGGGGGGUUUCCUCUACCGCUUCGACCUGCUGCGGGGUGUGGGCGCUGCGGUGAUGCGCUACAACACUGUAACGGGCUCCUGGAGCCGGGCUGCCUCCCUGCCCCUGCCCGACCCGGCCCCCCUGCACUGCACCGCACUGGGCAACACCAUUUACUGCCUCAACCACCAGGUCACCGCCACCUUUACGGUCUCUGAGGGGACUGCCCAGUUCCAGGCCAGGGAGUUGCAGCCCUUUCCCCUGGGGAGUAAGGGGGUCCUCUGUCCAUUCAUCUUGACUCUGCCUGCCACCGACCGGCUGCAAACAGCCCUCUGA